UGCAUUGUCAAAUUAUACCUUCCGGGAUUGUCCAAUCCUUCCGAAACAGCUUUUCGUUUUUAGCUCUCCAGACCGAGGUUUGGAAAGCCUGGAGAGGGUUUCCACAUGUAAAUUUAUGGGGCAUUUGCUUCAACGUCAAGAGCGACUCUUCUCCCGCCGGAGAGUCCUCCCAACGGGACUAACGCCUGUUUGCCUUCUCUGUAACUCUAUGGUGCGAUAGAAAGAAACUAAAGGAAAUUCUAGCGCGGCCUGAAUUUCGGCAGCACCGAAACUGCAAAGCGGUAGCAGCGGCAGCACCGCCGAGGGGGCAGCCGCUGUGGACGGAGUGGGGUCGAGGUGGGGAAAAUCCUGACCGGUCACUCUCCGGCACGCGGGGCGCAGGAGUAAGAGACCAUGGCAGAACAUGGGGCUCAUCUCACUGCCACCUCCACAUAUGAGGACAGGCCUUCUAUAUUUGAAGUUGUUGCCCAAGACAGUUUGAUGACUGCUGUGAGGCCAGCAUUUCAACAUGUGAUCAAGGUAUUGGCUGAAUCCAACCCUUCAUAUUAUGGUUUCCUGUGGCGCUGGUUUGACGAAAUCUACACCGUCCUGGAUCUUCUACUCCAGCAGCACUACCUCUUCCGGUGCAGUGCUUCUUUUUCUGAAAACUUCUACGGCUUGAAGAGAGUUGCACUGAAAAAGAAAAGGAAUCAGCAGAUAUCCUUGGUCACUGCUGGACUUCCCCAAAAGCAUCACUGGAAAUCUCUCUGCUUGUUGGUCCUUGUUCCAUAUCUGAGAACUAAACUGGAAAAGUUGAUCUCCCGUCUCCAGGAAGAGGACGAUUAUUCUAUCCACCCACCGUCAUCUUGCUGGAAGCGGUUUUACAAGGCCUUCCUGGCUGCCUAUCCCUUUGUGAACAUGGCUUGGCAGGGCUGGUUUCUGGUGCAGCAGUUAUGUUACAUUCUGGGGAAGGCUCAGCAUCACUCCCCGCUGCUGAGACUGGCUGGUGUGUAUUUGGCUAGGCUGACAGCAGAAGAUCUGCGGGCUUUGGAAAAUGUACCUGUAGCUGCUGGUGACAUCCUGCAGUCAUCAAACAGCAUGAAAGAGCAAAUACAGUCAGCUGGGAAAAAAAUCUUGGGGGGCCUGGCUUUCUCCCUCUCCACCGGCCUCUCUGUGGGCAUCUUCUUCCUCCAGUUCUUGGAGUGGUGGUAUUCGGCUGAGAAUCAGGAGACCAUCAAAUCGCUGACUGCUAUGCCAAUCCCACCACCACCUGUGCACCUGGACUACGAGACCGAUUCACCUCUCUUGCCAAAGCUCAAGACAAUAUGCCCAUUGUGUCGUAAAAUCCGUGCCAACGAUACAGCCCUCUCCACCUCUGGCUUUGUUUUCUGCUAUCGCUGCAUCUACCAUUAUGUGAAGCAUCACCAGCAGUGUCCCAUCACUGGCUAUGCCACUGAACUUCAGCACCUUAUCAAAUUAUACGCACCUGAAAACUGACCGGUCCAUUCUUCAAUUUUUAUAUAAAAACUGGAAUGCUACAUUGCAGAAUUGGGUGGUUUUUUUCUGAUUGUACUAAGCAUGACCUUUAAGAGGGUAGCUAUGGGUUAUACUAGCUGUUUGGAGAAUCAAUAGAAGUCAACUGUUGUCUUUGGACCAUCUCACCUAAUAUCUAAUAAGUGAAAACAGAUUAGCUGAGAAAGAUUAGACAGAAAGAAGGCCCAAUCUGUUUCUCAUCAGGAUGACUUGAGGCACAUUUCCAAGGGUAAACUACUUUUCCUAGAAACAAUUGGUCAUUAACUGGCCAGCUCAGGGUUACAGACCAAGUUGUGAGCAGGUUUUAGAAAAAAAUAGCUUUAAUAGAAGCAGCCUAAAACUAAGAAGAAAAUUCCUGAUAGAACAAUUUGCCUCCAGAAGUUGUGAAUGCUCCAACACUGGGGAUUGGACAACCAUUUGUCUGAAAUGGUAUAGGGUCUCCUGCCUGAGCAGCGGGUUGGACUAGAAGACCUCCAAGGUCCCUUCCAAUUCUGUUAUUCUAUUCUAAUUUCAUCAUACAUUAUACAUUGAUAACUUUCAGUUGCACACUGCUGUAAGUGACCAUGAAAAGACAGAAAAGCUGCUGAGAGGAACCUAAGCAGCUAACCUUUAAAUAUUUUCUAGCAGCAGCAAGGUAGCAGUUGUUACCUAUAAAGCAUUCACAGCAAGGAGCUGGUUUAUUUACAAAACCUCAUCUUCCUCAUUUCUGUCCAUCCCACCAGGUCCAACUGGAGGGGCACGCUCUGGGUCCUCAAUUGAAGAAGUGGGCCCUAGGUCCACUAUGACAUAGGAAGCAGGGGUUUUUUGUCAUAGUACCUGCCUUCUGGAACACCCUAUGCCCAAGGUUAUAUUGGCCCUUGAUGCUACUGAUCUUUUGCAAAGCACUAAGAUCUGGAUGUUCUCCAGAAUAUUGGGAUUGAAAAGGAUAGCCUAUGAAAUGAGAUGAGAUUGUAUUGUUCAGUUUUUAUUGGGUUUUUAGCAAUCACUGUAGGUUCUUCAUAUUUUCUUGAUCAUUGUUUUUGCAUUGUUUUUAUGUUUGCCACCCAAAAUCACAGCUGCAAGCCAUGUAAGUCAAACAAAUGAUACAUUCCUCAAAAUAAACACAUAAGAAACUGCUUAACAGAGAUUGCCUUUGUACAUCAUGAUAAAUAUUAACAUUGUAUUACAAAUGCUUUUAUGUUGCUUCAAUCAGUUUUUACUUUAAGAGACUCUAUGAGAAAAACAAGCCCAGAACAAUCUGAGAUUUGAAUUCUAACUCUUCUGGAAAAAGUGCAAGAUUAUAAGCUUCUGUUUGAUAAAAUGAAAGUUGGCUUUGGUAAACAAGGUUACAAAUACAAACCCAACCAUUUGGGGGACUCAACAAGAUGUCUGAACUGUUAAAUCCGGAAUCCUUUUGAUGCGUUACAUAAAAAGGUGUAAUAGGGGAUAGAAAACUGGUAUUUUUUCUCCCAUGCUUCUAAAUAAAAUGCAGGGGAUUGAUUCUGGAUUUUUUGUUUUUGGGAUAUUUUUGCUUCCUUAAUGGUUUUAACAUGAGUCAGCUUGGUAGGGUGACAGAUCACUCAAUGGUUGUGUUUACAAAAUAGGCUAUAUCAGGAUCUGCUAG